CGGCGGGAACUUCUAGCUAGCUAGUCAAGUAUGUUUACAGUUAGCUAACAAGUCGUGUAUAUCAAAUUUGUAGCUGCAAAGAUAGUAUAUCAGUUGGACAAGGCAGUCACCAUGGCUGCUCCCCCAGUGGAGUACACCAUAGGAGGGGUGAAGAUACAGUUCCCUUGCAAAGCCUACCCCUCGCAGCUGGCCAUGAUGAACUCUAUAGUGCGAGGGCUGAAUCAUGGACAGCACUGUCUAUUGGAGAGCCCUACAGGGAGUGGCAAGAGCCUAGCCCUGCUCUGCUCUGCCCUGGCCUGGCAGCAGGCACAAUAUGGUAAGCUUGAACAGGACGGCAGCAGUCCUACAGAGGGUAAGAAGCCAGCGGUCACCACCCCCUGUCAGUGUGCCUGUCAUAGCAAACGCGCCAGUGUCCCAGACAACAGGCCCAAAGCACUAGCCACUGUGGUGGUGGACCUCACAGGCUCACCGGAGGUAGUGAUGGCACAGAGCUCAUCUUCUCCCACAGACCCAGUACCCCCUCCACCAGAGGAGUACAAGCCCAAGUCUCUAGCCUCUCGUCUGUCUGACAAGCUCCAGACCUCCCUCACCUCCGAGGAUGAUGACUUCCAGCCUGAUAGGAAACGCAUUCGCACCCCUGCCAUGGAGCAGAAGGGUCGUAAGAGGAGGUGCUUGGAGCCGGGAGUGGUGUUUAUAGAUGAUGAGCCAGAAGGAGAGCGGCCAGUGCCUGGAGCACAGACCUGGACGGUGGAGCUGAGUACCCAGGCACAGACUAUAGACCUGCCACUUGAUAGAAACUGCUGUUCCCCCAUGGUGUCCUGCUCUCUCUGCCCCUGUGCCUCAUCCAAAGGCGGUCAGAAUGGAGCCGCGGGGAAGUCUUCAAAGGAGAAGGACAAAGAGGGCAAGAAGAAACAAGUCCCCAAGAUCUUCUUUGGCACGCGCACCCACAAACAGAUCACUCAGGUCGCCCACGAGAUGAAGCGUACCCUCUACACUUCCGCCCCCAUGACCAUUCUGUCCAGUAGGGACCACACGUGUGUUCACCCAGAGGUGGUGCCUCAUUCCAACCGCAACGAACGCUGCAAGGAACUGCUGGAAGCCAAGAAUGGCGUGUCGUGCCGCUUCAAAAACGGCGUGCACAAGAUGCAGGACCAGAACACUUUGCAGUGGGUCCAUGGUCUCCACCAGGCCUGGGACAUAGAGGACCUGGUUCGGCUGGGGGGCCGGCUGAGGGCCUGCUCCUACUACGCUGCCAGGGACCUCAUGCAGGAAGCCUGUAUCAUCUUCUGUCCCUACAACUACCUACUGGAUCCCCUCAUCAGGGAGAGCAUGCAGAUCAACCUGAAGGGUCAGAUUGUGGUUCUGGAUGAGGCCCACAACAUAGAGGACUGUGCCAGGGAGAGUGCCAGCUACACCCUGAACAAACCCCAGCUGCUCUCUGCCAGGGAGGAGCUGGACGGCAUGGUGACCCAUAACAUCAGACGCUCCAACCACGAACCCCUACGUGCCUUCUGCUGCUCCCUGCUCAACUGGAUGCAGGAGAGUUGCAGUGUUCUAGCUGAAAGGGAGUAUGAGAUGUCUUGUAAGGUGUGGAACGGCAAGGAGGUUCUGGGACUCUUCCACGCCAUGGGCAUCACUGCUGACACUUUUGCCAUGCUGCAGAAACACCUGGCAGCGGUGUUGGAGAAGGAGGAGCGAGUUGGGCUGGUGAACGGGAGAGAGGACACCGUGGAGGUCCCCACCAUCAGCUCAGCCAGCUCCUCUGUCCUCAAGAGUCUCUUCAUGGUGCUGGACUUCCUCUACAGGGACAAGAGCAGGUUUGCAGAGGACUACCGCGUGGCGCUGCAGCAGUCCUACGCCUGGACCACUGCUCCAGACGUGCCAGAUGCUCAGGGCUUCUUCGCCAGGCCCAACCGCCGACGCCACAGUGCCAAGACCAAGACCCUCGUACACACACUCAGCUUCUGGUGCCUCAACCCUGCGGUGGCGUUCUCAGACCUUUCGGACAGUGUUCACAGCAUCGUGUUGACCUCAGGCACAUUGUCUCCUAUGGGAUCCUUCUCCUCAGAACUGGGGGUCAAGUUCUCUAUCCAGCUAGAGGCCAGCCACGUCAUCAGCAAGUCACAGGUGUGGGUGGGUACACUGGGCUCUGGCCCCCAGGGGAGGAAGCUGUGUGCCACCUUCCAGCAUGCUGAGACCUAUGCCUUCCAGGAUGAGGUGGGAGCCCUGCUGCUCCGGGUCUGCCAGGCCGUUGGAAGGGGAGUGCUCUGCUUUUUGCCCUCCUACAAGAUGCUGGACAAGCUGCGUGACCGCUGGACCAACACAGGGCUGUGGGAGAAGCUAGAGGAGAGGAAGACUGUGAUCACAGAGCCCAGAGGAGGAGGGAAGGGAGACUUUGAUGAGCUGCUGCAGGUGUACUAUGAUGCCAUCAGAAUCAGUGGAGAGUUUGCAGGGGACAGAGAUGGAGCUCUGCUGAUGGCAGUAUGUAGAGGGAAGGUGAGUGAAGGACUGGACUUCACAGACGACAACGCCAGAGCAGUGGUCACCAUCGGCAUCCCCUUCCCCAACAUCAAGGACCUGCAGGUGGAGCUGAAGAUGAAGUAUAAUGACCAGCACUGUAAAGCCAGGGGUCUGCUGUCAGGCUCCCGCUGGUAUGAGAUCCAGGCCUACAGAGCCCUCAACCAGGCCCUGGGCAGGUGUAUCAGACACAAGAAUGACUGGGGAGCCCUCAUUCUGGUAGACGACAGGUUUGGGAACAACCCCAACAAAUACAUCUCAGGUCUGUCCAAGUGGGUGCGUAACCUGGUCAGGCACCACGACACCUUCAGAGGUGCCAUGCAGUCGCUGGUGGCCUUCUCCCAGUGCCAACAGGGGGCAGGAGAGAUCCAUGGAGCAGGGAGCCAGACCUUCAACAGCACCACCGUCCUGUCUCCAGCCAGUCAAUCUUCAGUGACUGUGGAAGAUCUGUCCCACUGUCGGCCCAGUCCUAGCCCCAGCUCAGACUGCCUUCUCUGGGCCACGGUGCACCACACUACCACGUCUCAGGUCCCAGAGCCCCACACCCAGCUACAGGGGUUCAGGUCCUGGGUUCCCCCUUUGGUCUCUGUCCCACCUGCUCUGUGUUCUCUCCCCACCACCAGCACUGGAAAGAGUGGAAACAUAGGUGACCAGAAGCAGACACAGCAACACCCCUCCACUCAUCUGAACAGUGAUCCCAAGGCCCCGCCCCCGAACAUCUCCACUCCCCUCUCCACCCCACGGUCCGUGCACCACCUCUUCACCUCAACCCUUGUGAGCUCCACCCACUUCAAGGCUCCAAUCUUCCAGGCCCAGGACCCAAGCAGGCAUCAAGAUCAUCUGGAUGACACGCCACGGCCUGACUCUGUGGAGGAGGAGAAGAAGAUCCAGGAGAAUGUGAGUCAGGAUCCCUGGAUCCCCUUCCCAGGAGGGAUGGCCAGUGAGGGGCUGGAUGGACCGGCAUCUACCCCUCACAGCCCGGACCAGGACCAGGGUCCGGUUCUAGUCCUCUCCCCAGUGGAGGUCCCUGCCAGUUGUGAGCCCAGACAGACCACUGUAGUUGUUGACGAUCCCACCCUGCUAGAGGAAGAGGAAGACCAGAGCAUCUUCUUCACACCUGAGAUGUUUGAUGACGAAGAGGAGGUGGUGGACACCAAGCCUCUCCCCAGGACAGUGCAGGGGAUGAUGACAGGAGAGGUAACUGUGCUUGCGUCCAGCCUUGCUCUCUCUACCGGAACAGCCCAGGCUCUGUCUGAGGACCUGUUUGGCCCAGAGCAGAGUCCCAGGGAGGACACAGAGACAGUCACUACCACUGAUACCAAGAGGGGAGGCGCUCUCGCUCCCUCAGCCAGUAGAGACUGUGUCAGUGUGGGAUGGGAACAGGACAGGCAGCAGGGGAGUAGGAUAGGGAGUGGUGAUGAGGCCCAACAGACCCAGAGACAGGAGGACCAAGGUCAGGGAGAAGGACAGGAGCUAAACCAGGGGGUGACCCAAGACCAGAGCAGGCAGACAGGCAGCAGGACACACAGACUGUCCAGGUCCAAACAGAAAGCUCCAGAGCCAUCCUCAGGUCGCUGCACUGAGGUCCUUGUUGCAAGACCGACCCAGCCAUGGAAAGGGAGAGUUGUUCUUUCCAAGACUCAGGCUAAGAACCAGGCCCCGACUCAUGUCAGGUGCAGUCAGAGGGGCAGUGGCAGGACCAAGGCAGGGGUGCCCUUUGCACCCACCUCCAGUCUCCCAGUCCAGCCACAGACCAAAGACCAGAGCCUAGAGGUUCAGGGCAGGACAGCCAGAGUCAGAUCUGCUAGUGUCGCUGGUCCUGAAGAGACUGAGGGAGAGCAGGCUGUCACAGGAUUGAAGGACCAGGCCUCUACCAAGCCUGGGACUAGUAUUAGGGCCAAGACCAGGGGGCCAGAGGACUCUUUCAAGUCAGGAACCAGCAGGACGGCAAGGGGGCAGGAGGAUGUUCCCAAGCCAGAGACCAACAGCAGUAAGGCCAAGGGGCAGGAGGUUACUAGUGUUUUCUGCCAACAGUACAGCAGCAGGGGGAGAUUGAAGACAACAUGCAGAACAGAGGUGAAGAGAUUCAGGGGGAAAGAGGCACGGUUGCCCCCCUCUUGGGAGGGCCUGGAAGAAGUCACGAGCAGCACCCCCGCCACCACAACAGUGCACUUGGACAUUGUCAACCCUAAAUGCGAGGGUAGAGUGUGUGUCCCAGGAAGUCUUGGAGGUGAACCUGAGACUGAGAGUAGCUCCACUGGUCUAGCAAAGGAAGGGCCUGGUAGUCAGAACUCUUUACAGAAAGGUUAGACAGCCUGUACGCAUCAGAGUAAUUUGGUCAGUGUAUUCAUUUUUUUUUUGUCAGUGAAUUUAUCAGUGCUCAUUUUGAAAUUAAAUCAAAACCAUCCAUCUGUUGCUUGUUCUCCCCCUCUAGGCAUCAAGGUGCAGGAUAGAGGGGGCAACAGGGCCUCUCGGAGGAGGAAGGUGCGUUAGGGGCCACUGCAUAGACCAGGUUUGGAGCCUAGGUAUCUGAACAGUAGUGAUGCACAUUGUUUGUAUGUGACAAGGCUAAUAUGAUGCACAUCAUGCCAACUCAAGUCUUGUCUUUCAGAGGACUAACAACCACAGACCCUGUUCCAGAGGACUAGACUCUGCUGUGUGUGGGCAGCAGCUACUGCCUGUGGCAGAGGGUACAUUUAAUUCCCACAAAUAAACACAUAUCCUUAUGUCAGUGAUCCUCAAUCAAAUCAAAAGUGGAUGUUGUAACUUGUGACCGUGUACCAUAUGUGAGCUGCAGAGCACUGUGUUAUCUGGAGCAGAUAGCUAGGCUUAAAGGCACCAGGGGGGUGUCCAGCACACUGUCCAUGCCUCCCACCCAGACCCCAAUGUCCCCUCUACCCCACUGGUGGUAUGGGGGCAUAGCGGCCCUCAGAAGCUGUCUUCAGCCUUACAGGGACAACAACACUACAGGUAGACAUUAAAUAAAUCAUACAUCUGACUUUAUCUUUAAUCUUUACGUUGUUGCCUAACCUACAGGAAUUAGUUAAUUUGUGAUUUCACUGUGGAAUAAUACAGCCACAUACGAAGAACCUGCUAUUACAGACUUUCCUUGUUCAGGCUUGUUUUAGUACCUCUGGGGAUGACCAUAAAGAGAGGGAAGCACUGUUAUAGGAGCUAAACAUUGCAGUCAGCAAGAUGUUUCCAGGGUUACAAAACCCCUGCUUCAUUGAUGCCAUAAGUCUGCUGGGGAGCUCCCCUCUCUUUGAAGUGAGAGUGAGAGAAACCAACCUGUCUGAACGAUGUCCCAACUCUGAAAGGCUCUAACCUGGAUCCACCCAAAUCACUGACUCAAUAGAUUAUUCAGGACAAAAGAAGCCAUGGUGCCUGCUAGAAUCCCCUAGUCACUUUUCCCUUUGACAGUGUUGCUAUCCAAGCCAAAGAAUAAGAAUGAAUCAUUCUAUUUCUCUGAUCCAAGCACCUUUCAUCCAUACAUACAGUACACACUUCCCCAACAGCAUUCUAUAGUUCCGUUGGUAUAUGUAUUUACAGUCCCUUCAAAGUAAUGAUCCAUUUAAACUAUCUGUCGUUAUAAAACAGCAAUCAGUGUCACUAGCCAAAGAGUGUUUAUACGUAUUCACUUUCCCCCAGGAUUAAGGUGUAUGACUUUCAGUGCUGAUGAGUGGGUUAAUGUGUGGCUGGCGGCUGAGGCCUUUGAUGCUGUCUCCCUACAGGCUUUUCUGUGGGUUACUUUGCAUUUAGUUGUUUUGUCCUUUAUUUUCAUUUUCUCUUUCUCUCUCUGAAGCACACACACACAUACACACACACACUUACAGCCUACAAUUCUAUCUGGGACCCAGUGGAGUGCUCUGUGACAAGGCUGCUACAGUGUACAGGUUGUGCCUUCCACAACCCCUACUCUUCCUCUCCUGCUGCUGUGGUACGGGACCCCACCCUGGACCAGGUGAGCUUCAAUGCCUCAACCUUACAGGGAGGGACACAGCACCUUGUACUAGGUGUGCUUGGUCUGGUUGUCCUCUAGCUGGUGCUCCACAGACACAAACAAUUGUUUAUUCCUUAAAAGCAGCCUAUGAGUAAGGAGAGACUAAUAUCCACGCUUUGGGUUUGUUUCGAGCAAUUCCAUGGUAACAGAAAGAUUCUGAGACUCAGAUUUGUCACUUUAAAAUGUAUGUCAAACAAAAACCAAUGACCGCAAAGUUAAUCAACCCAUACAGUUCUGAGCACAAUUUCCACAGAAAAUUCUACAAAAAUACAUUUGCUUGAAGAACAGUGAUGCUAAGAGAAUGCUAAGUUUUCUAACAUUGUGACAUCAUUCUGUUACCAAACUUUGCACCAACCAAAAAUGUUAGCAUUUUCUAACCAAAAACCAAUGGAAGUCAAUGUACCCCAAAUGUCUGCCUCAUAAUCAAGUUAUGAAUCAAGACAGUAAUGUUAACCUGACCAUAACAGGUUGAAUCAGUUGUUGAACUCACAGGUAUAAUUUAUGUAAUGACAUACAUCUUUUGUUCUGUGCUUAGUACAAGAUGUUCUUUUCUAUCUUCAUAUGUUGCUGUGGGUUUGAAGUGUGGGUUCAGUAACCAAUGUGACAGAUGAACGUUGCAUUGUAACCAAUAUCUGUCCCUCUUUGUUCAGAAAUAUGCUGUAAUUAUUGAACUGUAUGAUGAUGCAAAAUUAAGACUGAAACAUCAUGCCAAUAUCAAUCUAUGGUUGACAGUGUGUGUGCGUGCAUGCAUACGUGCAUGUGUGAUGGCAUUGUACUGUACAACCUCUAAGAUGUAAGGUCUCCUGUUUUGGGGACCUGCUUGGUUCUAGUACCGGUUCCGACUGACAUUUUCACUUAUAAAUCAGUAUGUGGAUACCAUAGAUUGAAAUGGAUUGCAUUGAGUGGUUGUCCUGAUUCUCAUGGACACGGGAGUAUGUCUCUUCUGCCUAUGUAAAGCAGGAUGUGAAAUCUGACACCACUUGAAGCUGGCUUGUCCCUCCAUUUAAUUCACUCUUCCGACUGUCCAUCAACUCCUGACUAAACCCUACGUCACGAACAGCCACUAACAAUGCAUAUGCCUGGAAUCCUUACAUCGCAAUUCAGCAGGAGAGAGUUGUUUCGUGGCUGUAGCACAUUCAGAGACCGAUUUAUGGCCAGUAAUCUAAAAUAAUUAGAUCAUUUUAAACAAAAAACACUUUGUCAUAGAUGGACAAGAUUAAUAGGAGAUGAAAGGUGAGUUCCUCACGAGUAAUGGAAGCCAAGCUCUGUGAGAAUUUCACAGUGAUGGGGGCAGACGUUUGAUCAAGAGAGAACUUUAGAAAAUAUGCACAUUUUCUCUAACACUAAAUAUACAUCUGUAUUUCACAGUUACAAGCAGUGGUGGAAAAAGUCCCCAAUUUUCAUACUUGAGUAAAAGUAAAGAUACCUUUGUAAUAGAAAAUUACUAUGGGAAGUCACCCAGUCAUGUAGUAAAAUACUACUUGAGUAAAAAAGUAUUUGGUUUUAAAUAUAUUUAAGUAUCAAAAGUAAAAAUAAAAAUAAUUUCAAAUUCCUUAUAAAGCAAACCAGACGGCAUCAUUUUCUUGUUUGUUUUUAAAAUUUACUGAUAGCCAGGGGCAUGCUCCAACACUCAGACAUAAUUUACAAAUGAAGCAUGUGUUUAUUAAGUCCGCCAGAUCAGAGGCAGUAGGAAUAAUCAGGUUCUCUUGAUAAGUGUGUGAAUUACUUUUGGGUGUCAGGGGAAAUGUAUGGAGUAAAAAGUACAUCAUUUUCUUUAGGAAUGUAGUGAAGUUGCUGCUACCGUUUCUUAUGGCUGAAAAUAAAUUCUGGACCAUCAGAACAGCGAUUACUCACCUCUAACUGGAAGAAUAUUUUUUACUUUAACGAGUCCGACGCAAACGAUAUACUGCUUUCUCGGGAACGGGCUCAAAUCCCGUCAUUUGCGUGAAGAAAAGACAGAUGGGGUGGAGGUCGGGCUGCCUGUUAAGAAUUUUUAGGCGAUUGAGUAAACCCCCACUGCCAUACAUUCUGUUGGCUAAUGUACAAUCAUUGGCCAAUUUAAAAUGGGUGACCUACAAUCAAGAUUAUACUACCAACGGGACAUUAAAAACUGUAAUAUCUUAUGUUUUACCAAGUUGUGGCUGAACGACAACACGGAUAAUAUAGAGCUGGCAGGAUUUUCCAUGCACCCGCAGGACAAGACGAGGGGUGGGGCUGUGUGUCUAUUUGUCAAUAACAGUUGGUGCGCAAUAUCUAAUAUUAAAAAAGUUUAGAGGUAUUGCUCGCCUGAGAUAGAGUACCUUAUGAUAAGCUGUAGACCAAAUUAUCUACUAAUAGAGUUCUCAUCUAUAUUAUUAUCGUAGCCGUCUAGUUACCACCACAAACCGAUGCUGGCACUAAGACCACACUCAACCAACUCUGUAAGGCCAUAAGCAAACAAGAAAAUGCUCAUCCAGAAGCGGCACUCCUAGUGGCCGGGGACUUUAAUGCAGGCAAAAUUAAAUCCGUUUUACCUCAUUUCUACCAGCAUGUCACAUGGUCAACCAGAAGGAAAAUAACUCUCGACCACCUUUACUCCACACACAGAGAUGCAUACAAAGCUCUCCCCCACCCUCCAUUUGGCAAAUCUGACCAUAAUUCUAUCCUUCUGAUUCCUGCUUAACACGCAAAAACUAAAGCAGGAAGUACCAGUGACUCGCUCAAUACGGAAGUGGUCAGAUGAUGCAGAUGCUACGCUACAGGACUGUUUUGCUAGCACAGACUGGAAUAUGUUCCUGGAUUCAUCCAUUGGCAUUGAGCAGUAUACCACCUCAGUCAUUGGCUUCAUCAAUAAGUGCAUCCACAACAUCGUUCGUCCCCACAGUGACCGUAUGUACAUAUCCCAACCAGAAGCCAUGGAUUACAAGUAACAUCUGCAUUGAGCUAAAGGCUAGAGCUGCUGCUUUCAAGGAGAGGGACACUAAUCCAGACGCUUAUAAGAAAUCCCGCUAUGCCCUCAGACAAACCAUCAAACAAGCAAAGUGUCAAUACAUUAUUAAGAUUGAAUACUACUACACCGGCUCUGACGCUUGUCGGAUGUGGCAGGGCUUAAACCAUUAUAGACUACAAAGGGAAACCCAGCCGCGAGCUGCCCAGUGACGCAAGCCUACCAGACGAGCUAAAUGCCUCGCAUCGAGGCAAGCAACACUGAAGCAUGCAUGAGAGCACCAGCUGUUCUGGACGACUGUGUGAUAACGUUCUUGGUAGUCGAUGUGAGCAAGACCUUUAAACAGGUCAUCAUUCACAAAGCCAUGGGGCCAGGUGGAUGACCAGGAUGUGUUCUCAAAGCAUGCGAACCAACUGGCAAGUGUCUUCACUAGAGGUCGACCGAUUAAUCGGAAUGGACAAUUAAUUGGGGCCGAUUUCAAGUAACAAUCGGAAAUCGGUAAUUUUAGAAGCCGAUUUUGCCCGUUUUUUAUUUAAACAUUCUUCUUCUUUUUUUACACCUUUAUUUAACUAGGCAAGUCAGUUAAGAACACAUUCUUAUUUUCAAUGACAGCCUAGGAACGGUGGGUUAACUGACUUGUUCAGGGGCAGAACAACAUAGUUUUACCUUGUCAGCUCAGGGAUUCAAUCUUGCAACCUUACAGUUAACUAGUCCAACGCUCUAACCACCUGCCUCACAAGGAGCCUGCCUGUUACGCGAAUGCAGUAAGAAGCCAAGGUAAGUUGCUAGCUAGCAUUAAACUUAAUCAAUCAUAAUCACUAGUUAUAACUACACAUGGUUGAUGAUAUUACUAGUUUAUCUAGCGUAUCCUGUGUUGCAUAUAAUCGAUGCAGUGCGCAUUCGCAAAAAAGGACUGUUGUUGCUCCAAUGUGUACCUAACCACAAACACCAAUGCCAUUCUUAAAAUCAAUACACAGAAGUAUAUAUUUUUAAACCUGCAUAUUUAGCUAAAAGAAAUCCAGGUUAACAGGCAAUAUUAACCAGAUGAAAUUGUGUCACUUCUCUUGCGUUCAUUGCACGCAGUCAGGGUAUAUGCAACAGUUUGGGCCGCCUGGCUCAUUGCGAACUAAUUUGCCAGAAUUUUACGUGAUUAUGACAACAUUGAAGGUUGUGCAAUGUAACAGGAAUAUUUAGACUUAUGGAUGCCACCCGUUAGAUAAAAUAGGGAACGGUUCCGUAUUCCGCUGAAAGAAUAAAUGUCUUGUUUUCGAGAUGAUAGUGUCACGUUCUGACCUUAGUUCUUUUGUUAUGUCUUUGUUUUUGGUAUGGUCAGGGCGUGAGUUGGGUGGGUUGUCUAUGUUAGUUUUUCUAUGAUUUGCUAUUUCUUGUUUCUUGUUUGGCCUGGUAUGGUUCUCAAUCAGAGGCAGCUGUCAAUUGUUGUCCCUGAUUGAGAACAAUAUUUAGGUAGCCUGUUUUCUAUUGUGUUUCGUGGGUGAUUGUUUCCUGUUGUGUGUCUGCACCAGCCAGAACUGUUUUUGGUCAUUUCUCUUUGUUAUUUUGUUUU